AUCAUCGUCAGUGAUGGUGGUGGUGGUGUGACGACGACAACGACGACGACGAUAAUACGUAUUGGUUGUGUGGAGUCUACGAGCUCGCGUAUAGACGCUGCGAAGCUCUGUGAGAGAGCCUCAGAAGAAAAGACUCUGCGUCUGGGCGUCGUCGCUUCACGAGCACAGCCCGGUCUGAAAAUUGCCCCACUGUCGAGUUUUUGAGCGCUGCAGGCGUCUCCUGAGAACGCACACCAAGUCACACAGACGACACCACACACCGCAGACAGAUGGAGCCCGCAGAAAGCUGGGACGCCGACGAUAAGCUUAGCGGACAGUUCACGAAGUUGAACGUCGAUGCACCAGUCUUCGUACCGUCGUUCAUGUCUCCACCGGGUCAGCCAGCUCCAGGAUCUGGAAGUCUUCCAGACAGCCAGGAUAUCCUCGACAAGGAAUCGCCCUUGUCCGAAACCAACAACAAUGGGGAGCCCCCUGCAGAUUGGGAGUGCGUCAACGCAGACGACAGUAGUUCGCCGUCGCGAGAGAACCCGUCCCCUGAGGAGGGCAUCUCUCCUGAAGAAGAAAUCGCUCCGAAGCCCAAAAAGGAGAAGAAACGAGUUGAAGAAGGUCCCCGUAAACAGCAUUUGAACCUCGUGUUCAUCGGACACGUCGACGCCGGCAAGAGUACUCUCGGUGGACAACUGCUCUAUCUCACGGGCAUGGUCGACAAACGUACCCUGGAGAAGUACGAACGAGAGGCUAAAGAGAAAAACCGAGAGAGUUGGUACCUCUCGUGGGCUCUCGACACGAACCAGGAAGAACGCGACAAGGGCAAAACGGUCGAGUGCGGCCGCGCGUACUUCGAAACCGACAACAAGCACUUCACCUUGCUCGAUGCGCCGGGGCACAGGUCGUUUGUGCCGAACAUGAUCGGUGGAGCUUGUCAAGCCGACAUCGCAGUCCUGGUAAUUUCGGCUCGCAAAGGCGAGUUCGAGACUGGUUUCGAGCGCGGUGGGCAAACCAGAGAGCAUGCAAUGCUUGCCAAGACUGCCGGUGUCAAGCAUCUUGUUGUCCUGAUCAACAAAAUGGACGACUCCACCGUGAACUGGUCCGAGACGAGGUUCAACGAAUGCCGCGACAAACUCCUACCGUAUCUCAAGAAGUGCGGUUUCAACCCCAAGACCGAAGUGGUGUUCAUGCCGUGCUCCGGUCUGAACGGGGCCGGCCUCAAGGAUCCAGUUUCCUCGAGCGAGUGUCCGUGGUAUUCGGGACCGGCUUUCCUCCCGUACAUCGAUGAUCUGAAACCGAUCGAGCGUUAUUUGGACGGGCCGUUCAUCAUGCCCGUAGUCGACAAGUACAAGGACAUGGGCACUGUCUGUUACGGCAAAGUCGAGAGCGGGAUGUGCGAUCGGAGCGACCAGCUGCUGCUGAUGCCCAACCGGAAAAUAGUCGAAGUUCUCCAACUGUGGAACGACGAAGACGAGGUCCAGCAAGUCAAGUCCGGCGAGAACGUCAAGGUUAAACUCAAAGGCGUCGAGGAAGAAGAGGUCUCCGCCGGAUUUGUCUUGUGCGAUAUCGAGAAGCCGUGCAAGGUCGCCAAGAUAUUCGAUGCCCAGGUCGUCAUCCUCGAACACAAGUCCAUCAUCUGUUCGGGAUAUUCGGCCGUUCUCCACAUCCACGCUGCCGUCGAGGAAGUAUCUGUGAAAGCGAUCAUCUGCUUGGUGGACCGGAAAACGAACGAGAAAGGACAGAUGAAGCCACGUUUCGUGAAGCAAGAUCAGGCCGCCAUAAUGCGUUUAGAGACUGCGGGCGUGGUUUGCGUCGAGCCUUUUAAGCUUUUCCCCCAGAUGGGACGUUUCACACUCCGAGACGAGGGUCGCACCAUCGCCAUCGGGAAAGUGCUCCGUGUUGUCGAAUGACUGCCGGGCGCUCCCAACAGAGCCCUCAGUAACAGCGUGAAUUCGUCGGAAAGAGUUGGUCUCAAACGGGACCGCGAAGCUGCAGCCGUGCUCGCUCAUGGUGCGUAAGUUUAUGGAGCUGCUGUCGCUGGGGAAGAUACUCUGGGAAACUUAGAGGAAGAGCGCUUCUCGACUCCGCUCUGGAGACACUACAACUCCAUACGUUAAGAAGGAGGGAGCGUAGCUCGUACAUUAGACGGCCGAUCGAUCUGUCUUAAAUGGUAUCACACGUACCUAGUUGAUCAGAGUUCGAUUUGACCAUCAUUGCAAUAAAUUUUCUUUUUUUUGUGUGCUA